GCGGAACAAAUAGUGAAUCGGGGUGUUCGCCGGGGACAAUUCGAGGUCGGACCGAGUGAGCGGAAGUUGUGUCCCUCGCUUGCGGAGGUCAAAUUGUUUCAGGACGAACGGAGGACUGUGCGGUAGCUGCUCCACCUCGGUACAGUCAUGGUGAAGAAAAGGCCGCUUCGGCUCAUAGCAGAAAUGGCUCGGAAGAUCCGGGCGUACAGGGAGCUCAAGUCCCGGCCGCGGGAGUCCCAGAAGUACGCCCUGGACUACGAGACCAUGAAGCGGCCGCAGACGGGGAAGAUGCUGCCUGCGCUCGCCUGGCAGGAUGUCCGCAGGGAGAGUACCCUCUUCUCCCUGCUGGCGGGUAUGAGGAUGUUCGGAGUGGGCCGCAUCUUUACCCGCAAGUCCUGGCUGCAGGACCACACAGAGCCCAGCUACUGGAAGCUCACCAAGAUCAAAGUGGACUACACAUCUGAGAACAUGGAUCAUGGCAAAGCAUGGGGGAUCCUCACGUACAAAGGAAAACAAGAGAGCGAGGUGAAGGAAGUGGACAAGGUGAUGUACCACGACUGGCGCCUGGUUCCCAAACACAUAGAACAGGAGUUCAAGCACUUUGAGCCGCUCCCCGAGCCGCCUGUGCGCUGCGUCCCGUACCCUCCCCUGCUCCGCGCCAUGAUCCUGGCCCAGCACCAGAAAGCAUCAGGCAGCAUAUUACCUGAGGAGCCGGCCUUGCCUUUAAAAAGGGACGUUCUGCUCAACAAAGACUAUUUCCGCAAGCGGGAACAAGAGAGACAGAGGACGAACGGGACAGCGGUGUGAUACUCGUGCUUUUGAAGCUGAAGGGUCUCCAAUCUUGGACAUUUUGGACCAAAUCAGUGUUGAAAGAAGCCCUCGCCUCAAUGUCCGUAAUCCUUGACUCAAAUGAGUCCUCUGCUGUUGUCAUCUGAAGCAGACCUCCCUGUAUGUAAUAUGUAUGUGUGAUGUGGUAAAUAUUCAAUUUGAAGUAAAAUAUAACUGCUGUUU